GAAAAACAAAAACUAAAACAAUAAAAAAAACAACAAAAUAAAAAGAUUACAUCUUGGCAUCAAAUUGCUGUCUUUUUGCCCGAUAAUUUGUGGGAUUCUGGAGCAUUAAUCUCAGCUUUUUCUGGGGUAAGAAUUGCAUGUUUCUUUCUUUAAUUUGGGUAUUAGGUUUUUGCCCUCAUUCAGAUUGGUGUAUCUCAAUCAAAUUAUUGAAUUGGGGAUUACUAAAAAAUUAGGGAUUAGAUUUUGGUUUUACAAUGGAGAACCAAAAUGAAUCAGACAAGGGUGGUUAUGGCGAUAAAUGGCGUGAGCUGUAUUUGAGGCAAAUGAGAAAUUGGGAUAAUAGCCAGAGGCCUUGUGAUAUAGACACUGUUGCAUUCAUGUCCAUGUCUCAGAAAUUGAAAGAGGAUGGCAAUAGGCUUUUCCAAAAGAGGGAUUAUGCUGGUGCCAUUUUGAAAUUUGAGAAAUCGAUCAAGCUGCUCCCGAGAUUCCACGCAGAUGUGGCUUAUCUCAGGAGCAACAUGGCCGAAUGCUAUAUGCAGCUGGGCGUGGGCGAGUAUCCGAGGGCGAUUAACGAGUGCAACUUGGCUCUCGAGGUCAUCCCCGAUUACUGCAAGGCUCUCUUGAAGAGAGCUAGGUGUUAUGAGGUUUUGCAUAGGCCUGAUUUGGCACUUAGGGAUGUUAGGCUAGUGUUGAGGUCAGAGCCUAACAAUCUCAUGGCAUAUGAGAUUGAGGAGACGUUGAGGAGAGUGUUUGAGAGGCAGGGGUCGAGGCUCUGUGAUAUCCCCGUUGAUUUGGCUCCCACUGCUUCGGCUUCUUCAAGUGGGAGCAGGGGAGUCGGGGAGAUGCCUAUGAGGAAGAUGAGAAGCAAUAUAGAUGGCAUGUUUGUGGAUUAUAAUGAGAGGGAGUUGAAGGGAAAAUUUGAGGAACGAAGUGCUAGUUCGAUAUUUAUAAGGGGGCCUACUAGUAGUCGAGCUGAGAAGAAUACGGAAGAGAAGGUGGUUGUGGAGGUAAGGAAGCUUAGAAGUAGUGAAGAGGAGGAGGUGAGAAGAACAGUGAAGCUCGUGUAUAAGGAAGACAUCCGAUGGACUCAGAUUCCUGUCAAGUGCGAUAUUUUGAAGCUGAGGCAGAUCAUUGCUGAGCGGUUUCCUAGCUCAAAAGCCAUCAUGGUCAAAUAUAAGGAUCAAGAAGGCGAUAUGGUGACAAUCAGCACGACAGAGGAGCUGAGGCUUGUGGAAUCGUCUGCAGGCGAUGCUUCCAUAAAGCUGCAUGUUAUUGAAGUCAGCCCGGAUCAGGAUCCGUUGUUUAAGAAGUUGAGGCAGCAAAAGAUGGAGAAGAAGCAGGCAGGCACGAGUAAAAAGGAGAUGCGCUGUGAAUCGACUUGUCUCAGUGAUUGGAUCAUUCAGUUUGCUCAGUUCUUCAAGAACCAUGUUGGUUUUGACAUUGAUGCUUACAUUGAUCUCCAUGAGGUGGGAGUGAAGAUCUACUCGGAGGCAAUGGAGGAGACGGUGACUAGUGACGAGGCUCAAGACCUCUUUGCUGUUGCAGCGGAUAAGUUCCAAGAACUGGCUGCUUUAGCCAUGUUCAAUUGGGGAAAUGUUCACAUGUCAAGAGCGAGGAAGAAAGUAUACUUCUCGGAUGAUUCGUCCCAACAAUCUGUGCUCGAGCAAAUCAAGACUGCUUUUGAUUACACGCAGAAGGAAUUCAGUAAAGCAGGGGAGAGAUAUGAAGAGGCCCUCAAAAUUAAACCAAAUUUCUAUGAGGCUGUUCUAGCUCAAGGUCAGGGGCAGUAUGAGCAAGCAAAGCUUUCUUGGUAUUAUGCGGUCGCGACUGAGGCAGAUUUAGAGUCAUGGCCUUCGGGAGAAGUACUCAUGCUAUACAACAAUGCAGAGGAAAACAUGGAGAAGGGAAUGAAGAUGUGGGAAGACUUGCAAGAGCAGCUUAUGUCCGAGUUCCACAAGGAGAAUAACAUCGAAACGCUGUUGCAGAGAAUGAAGCUUGAUAACUUGUUCAAACAGGUAUCCGCAGAUGAACUCGAGGAACAGGCUAACAACAUUAGAUCCCAGAUAUUCGUAUUGUGGGGCACCAUGUUGUAUGAAAGAUCGGUCAUGGAAUACAAACUUGGACUCCCCGUAUGGCUAGAAUGUUUGGAGGUCUCUAUUGAGAAAUUCGAACAAGCUGGAGCUUCUUCGGCUGAUAUUGCUGUCAUGACCAAGAACCAUUGCUCUAAUGAAACCGGAUUGGAAUGUUGUGGAUUCAACAUCAACGAGAUAGUACAGGCAUGGAACGAGAUGUAUGAAGCAAAAAAAUGGCAGAGAAACAUCUCCUCUUUUCGGUUGGAACCACUUCUACGAAGACGUGUUUCAAAACUUUGUACUGCCCUCGAAAGUGCAUCAUAGUAAAGGAAUGUGGUGUAUAAUAUUACUCAAUAGAGCAACUUCAUUGGAGUUGGAGAGUAAAAGCUUUCAUCAAUCUUGGCUAACAAAGGAAAAGAUGUAGCGACAGAGUGAAGCCUACUAGUUUGAAGGGAUGCUGCACUACUUCUGCUGCAUUUCCAUCAUAACCCCAUUGUUUGUAGUUAUAAUCCAUUAAUUAUAUUUUACCGAUAUUUUAUUAAGAUGUUGGUUUUAUAUAUGUUUCUCUUUUUU